AUGGAAGAAGCCCGCCAACCCUCGACAACCUCCAACCCUCCCAGCGUCGAAAACGCCUACAAACGCAAAUGCCUGGCCCUAAAGAAGCGCCUCAACGAAAUCGAAGAGGAAAAUGAAUUGAUGCGUCUCCGCAACCGUCGCGGCUGGCAAUACAUCCAGAAAAUGCGCCUCGAGUCAUGCAUUCUCCUCGAGCGACUGGCCAAGGUCACCGGCAUGACGGAGGAAGCGCAGGCCGGCGUGAACCCGGAACUGCGCGCCCGAGCAUCAGCCAUGAUGACGAAUGUCGCAGCAGUGACGGGUGGAGAGACGGGGAAGAAUGGUGCUGCCGGCGCGCCGCAGUUCCUGGAGGACGAGACGGAGGGGAGUUCCGAUGAGCAACCGCCUACUCCCCAGGAAAGGCCUCUGCGCGUGAAGCGAUCCAGGAAAUCCAACUUGCCCAAUGAUGCCAAUUUAGAAGAUGAGGCAGCGAACAAUGAGAACAACAAUGACAGUAACAGCAAAGAUAAAGAGAAGGAGAAAGACGCCAAGGAUAAAGAUGCGACGGAAUCUGGCGCCGCAGCAGCUGAUGGUGAUAACGGUAAUGGAGAUUCGUCGUCCUCGUUGCCGCGACUAGCCCCCGCCCCGUCGCAGGAUGAUAUGACCUCGUCAUUCCGCGUUCAACCGGGUAGUAACGGGUCCGCGAAUGAUAAGGAGGGUGCUACUAGUGAUCGCGGGAGCCAUAACCCUGAAUCUGCGGAGCAGAGGGGUGAUGGUGGUGUGGAGGAUGAGACGACGCCGAUGGAUAUGGAUGCCAAGGAAGAGGAGGAGGAGGAAGCUAAGGAGGAGAGGGAGGGGUGA